GUUACAGCAGAAGUAGGUUAAGGAGAAUCAGACUCUAUGAAAUAACACAAAAGAACAAACAAGCAGCAAAGUGAACAUGCUCCACAGAAAACCGUCAAAUGCGUCUGACAAACCAAAGAGUAAGCCAAGGAGAUCGUCAAGCUUUGGCAAGUUUGACCAGUUCAGGAACCAUGUUCGCCAAGCCAAGUCUGAGGAGGCCGGAGACUCUGAGCCGUGUGCGGAGGCGGAGGAGAGUCCUGAGUGUGAGGACAGCAAGCAGCAGCAGCAGCAGCAGCAGCACGGGGCCAUCUCCAGGAAGAUGAAGGCCAUCUCCAUGACCAUGAGGAAGCGCAUGGGCAAGAAGUACAUCAAAGCACUCUCAGAGGAAACGGGGGAGGAUGGAGCGGAGGCCCAGGAGAAGGAAGCAGCGGACACGGACAGCAGCAGCUCAUUGGCUAAAACCUGCAGACAUUCCGGCAACUCCCUGGAGAGCCUCUACAGUCACAACAGUGGACAGAGCUCCUCCAGCGGCGUGACGAGUGGCUCGGAGGGCUCGAGCAACAGAGACAGCCUGAGGCUGGAGGAGGAGCCGGCGGCCUACACGGGGGCCUUCUGCGGACGCGCACGCGUACACACAGACUUCGUACCCAGCCCCUACGACACAGAGUCCCUCAGACUCAAGGUGGGCGACAUGAUCGACGUGAUCAGCAAGCCGCCCAUGGGCAUCUGGACGGGCAUGCUGGGCGGCCGCGUGGGCACCUUCAAGUUCAUCUACGUGGAGCUGGUGGUGGAGAAGGAGCCGGAGCCCAGGCGGCGGGCCCCCAACGCGGCCAGGAGCAAGAGGCCGCGACCCAACACCCUCCUGGAACUCCUCGCAUGCCUCAACCUGGAGGAGCAUGCCUCGUCUCUGAUGCUGAACGGCUACCAGACGGUGGAGGACUUGAAGGAGUUGAGGGAGCAGCACCUGAUCGAGCUCAACAUGAGCGACCCCGAGCACAGACACAGGCUGCUCGCCGCCACCGAGUGCCUGCACGAACCAGAACAUGUCACCAAAGAUGGCGAGGAGACGCCCCCAAUGUCACCGUCAGAGGACCUGAAGGCGGAGCUAAAGGACUGUCCGCGAGACUCCGGCUGCUACAUCCCCUCGGACGCCUCCGACAGCGGGGGCAAAGACGUCAACUUCCUAGACGACAGCGGGACAAGCAAAGACGACUCCGUCAACCUCCUAGCACUGGAAUCCUCGCCAGCAGAGGCUUGAUGACAACACAGUCCAUCAACAUCAACAGCACCCUUCACACUCUUACACACACCACCAAACCAGCACUCAUAUACAGUAGGCCUACCCCAACAUGUACACGCCACCAACCUUACACACAUGUGGUAUGUACUCUGCUCAG